AUGAUCUUGAUUUUGAUGCUAUUCUCUCUGCUAUGUACUAUUGAGGCUGCUGCUCUAGGUGCCAGUGCGUCUGUGCUCUCAGGUGCUGGUGAGUCUGCCCUCUCAGGUACUGUGUCGGCUUCGGCCUCUCACACCUUCACCCUUGACUCUGGAGCGUCUCGCUCCUUCUUUAGGGACCGCACCACUCUCACGCCGCUGAGUCGGCCGGUUGCGGUGUCCCUGGCUGACCCCUCUGGGGGGCCUGUCCUGUCUCGCUUCUCCACUGUCCUCUCGUGUCCGGCGGCCCCCUCUGGCACCCUGACUGGUCUCUACCUCCCCUCGUUCUCGACGAACUUGGUGAGUGGUGCUGACCUCCAGGAUGCGGGUGUCCACCAGUUCACCCCUGCUCGUCAGCGGGUGACCCACUGCACGGAGGCGGAUACAGGUCGCCACCUGGCUACGUUUACACGUUGA